UACAUGCUUCCACUGGGAUCUAUCAUUAGGAAACAUAAUGUUAAUUUUCACUCGUAUGCAGAUGACACCCAGUUAUACCUUUCAUUUAAAUCAAAUGAAGUUUCUCCAAUGUUGUCUUUAAUUAGUUGUGUUAGUGAAUUAAAGAAGUGGAUGAAUAAGAACUACUUGUCUUUAAAUACAGAUAAAACAGAGAUGUUAAUUGUUGGAGGGAAUGAUGCUGAUCAUAAUAAUAUUUUGUCAUCAUUUAACUCAAUGGGAAUCCCAGUCAAUUUUACUGAAUCAGCCCGCAAUCUAGGAGUUAUCUUUGACUCUAGCAUGUCAUUUAAAGCGCAUAUUACAAAGUUGUCCAAAACAUGUUUCUUCCAUCUUAAAAGUGUUAGAAAAUUAAGGCGCUGUUUAAAUAAACAGGAUUCUGAGAAACUAAUUCAUGCAUUUAUCUCUAGUAGGAUUAACUACUGCAAUGCGGUGUUCACUGGAUGUUCAAACUGUUCUUUAUACAGCCUCCAGUUAAUCCAAAAUGCGGCUGCAAGAAUUAUUACAAGAACAAGAAAAUACGAACACAUAACUCCAGUUCUUAAAUCCUUACACUGGCUCCCGGUUAAGUUUAGGGCAGAUUUCAAAAUCCUUCUUUUAACAUAUAAAGCAUUAAAUGGUCGAGGUCCGGCUUACUUGUCUGAACUUAUCAUGACUUACAAACCAGAGCGCACCAGAUUAAGAUCUCAAGAUGCCGGUCUGCUUAUGAUUCCAAGGAUUAAUAAAAUAACAGUGGGGGGUCGAGCUUUUAGUUACAGGGCCCCUAAACUGUGGAAUGGUCUGCCUGCUACUAUAAGAGAUGCCCCUUCGGUCUCAGCUUUUAAAUCCCGGCUGAAGACUCACUACUUCAGUUUAGCAUAUCCU